AUGAAUAUGAAGAAACGACAGUUCCUUGCAAAUGUAGCAAAUAAGCAGCGGUUCAUUAAUAUCCUGGGAACUGAACUGGAAGUGAAGGAAAUCAAGGUUCGACAUGCUGAAGAAGAUGCAGAUGCCCUUAUAGUGAUGACAGCUGUAGACUCUGCUGUCAUUGCACCAACGGACUUUCUUCGAAGCGGCAACCGUGUAGUUAAAGUCAUUUGCACGCUGCUAGUUAUAUCAGUGUUUGCCACCAUACUGUACACGACUCAUCUCAGUACGCAGUUCUGGCCAAGUACGCUUUACGAAUCAAACGAGCACGCAUCACUCUCUAGUGUGAUUGUCAGUGCGGUGGCAGAGAACCCCGCGGAGAACCCGACCCAUGAAAAAGGAAGCACAUCUAUCGACCACAAUAACGUGACCAACUCAUCGAAAGUUUCCAAACCGAAAGCUACUGCGCCUAAAACAAAAGGUAUCAAAGAUGAAAACGAAAAACUUCUUCCAAAUGCAGACGUAUUUCGACAUGAAGAUUCCUACAAAAAGUACAUGCAAUGUCCAACAACUCUGCGAAACAAACUUAUAAAAAGUAAAGUUUUCAAAGACAGGUUUAUUGCCGACAUUCCUGUUCUGAUGUGGGACGAACACAAGACACUCGAAGAAUAUAAUCGACUUUCACAGUACUGGGGCUGCUACGGUUGGCAAGGUUACGGACAAGAUCUCAUCAAUAGGACGCUGUCAUAUUUAAACUCCCCAAGUCAUCGGUACAUGUUUGAUAACCAGCUCAAUCUUAAAGGUCAAAAGAGCGGAGACAACAAAUGUAUUCGCUGCGCAGUGGUCGGUGGGGGCGGUAUUCUGAAUGGGUCACGGAAAGGUGAGGAAAUCGACAGCCACGACUACGUGUUCAGAGUGAAUAUCGCCGCCACCAAGGGUUAUGAGGUUGAUGUAGGAAAGAAAACGUCAUUUUAUUCGUACACGAUAACAACUAUGCGUAACUCCCUUCUUGGUGGCAGAAAGCGCGGAUUCACUGUAGCCCCACACGAUAAGGAAACAAAAUAUUUGGUGUUUCCGUGCGAAAUAAGUGAUUACAUACUCGUAGAAAACAGAUCGUCAAAUAAAACAGAGAAAGAUUUUAAGGAUACAGGUCCAAAACAUUGGGGCAUUCCGAAAUUCGGUAAAACUGUAAAGAACACGGACUUCAAGAUGCUUCACCCUGACUUUCAGAGAUACAUGGAAUGGUACUGGAUAAGGUCAAGCAGGAAAUACAAAAAAGUCAAUCGACCCAGCACUGGAGCACUGAUGCUAAUAGCAGCAAUUCACACAUGUGACGAAGUGAGCGCUUACGGAUUUGGUGUGAAUUUCAGGAAAUACACCACUCACUACUACGACAAACAAUACACUAAAUUCGUUUACUAUGCAAACCACGAUUUUAAGCAAGAACUCAAACUCUGGAACGAUCUCGACGCUGAGGGCAUCAUCAAAUUGUAUAAAAGAGCGGAUGACAAGUGACGUCAUCGAUGAAUAUUUAUCUAAUUUAUUUUGUACUCAUUGGUACUGGAAUAGAUGAAUAAUAUUUAUGGGAAAUAUUUUAAAAACAAACAAUUUUUUUUUUUGACAUAUCGAUUGCACUUUUCUUACACGCAACGCUAUUUUUGUAAUGAAUUAUAUCAUGACAUGGGCUUCUUCAUAGAUAUCCCUGUACACACAGUGUAUGGUGGUUGGUGCCAUCUAAACAUCUCAACGUUAUACAGUCGUGGUACAUCUCCUACUUCUAAGAUAACGAAUAGAUUUAGUGUAUGGGAACAAACACUUUUCUGAAAUCAAACGAGAACUCCAGCCUUGAAAAAACGAAUGCGACGAGAAAUACCUCGGUAUUGGAUUGUACAUCAUGACAGUUUGAACAAUGAAAAAAGUGCCUUUUCGACACAUCUCGCGAUCAUCAGUAUUCAUGGAAACGGU